AAACUGCGGCAAAGUCAUGAGCAAACAUCAAGAACACGACUUACGCCUGGUGGAUUUCAGUCGAUAAACGCGGGUCCUGCUUUUUCCUUUCUUUACGGGCUGAAAGCCCUGCCAUGAGCUUAACCGCUCGCCUUUCGAAUCUCUUCUCACAAGACAGCUCGAGCAGAGACUCUACCCAGAGUCAACACGAUGGCUAUGCGAAACCAGAAUACGACAUCGACGGCGCACGACAGAUUAAGCGCCAGAAGAUGACGGAGGAAUCUGCGGUCGAGGAUAUCGACCUCGAGUUGAAGAGGCCUCCUUACCUUCACUCUAUGCUUGCCGGAGGUAUCGGAGGGACUACCGGCGACAUUCUUAUGCACUCGUUGGACACUGUCAAAACGAGGCAGCAAGGGGAUCCUCAUUUUCCACCGAAAUACUCUAGUCUAUCCGAUUCCUACGUCAAGAUUUUCCGGCAAGAAGGCAUCAGGCGAGGCCUCUAUGGAGGGUUUACAGCGGCUAUGCUGGGAUCGUUUCCAGGGACCGUCGUCUUUUUCGGGUCCUAUGAAUACUGCAAGAGACACAUGCUAGAUGGGGGCGUUGCCCCGUCGAUUGCAUAUCUAGCCAGCGGUUUCAUAGCAGAUCUCGUGGCUUCAGUCGUAUACGUUCCUUCCGAAGUCCUCAAAACUCGCUUGCAAUUACAAGGUCGAUACAACAACCCUUUCUUCAAUUCGGGUUACAACUACAAAUCAACAUGGGACGCGGCGAAGACAAUAGCACGAACAGAAGGGUUUGGGGCACUCUACUCCGGCUACAAAGCCACGAUCGUUCGAGACCUUCCUUUUUCCGCGCUGCAAUUUGCAUUCUAUGAGCAAGAGCGAAGAUUUGCACAGAGUUGGACUGGAGAACAAGAGAUUGGACUCGGUUUCGAAGUUUUGACUGCAGUAUCUGCGGGUGGCAUUGCAGGUGUCAUGACCUGUCCGCUGGACGUGGUCAAAACGAGAACGCAGACGCAGAUCACACCCAACAACCACACGAAACACAGUCAGACUGCGGUGCUGGAAAAAGUGGCCAAGGGUCAGAAGUCGGCGGCCACAGUACAGAAACGGGCACUUCACUCGGGCCCUCGGACUGUACCUCACACGACGCCAACCAUCGAUACCUCUUCUGUGAUUACCGGCCUCAAGCUUAUAUACAAAAGUGAAGGAGUUCCUGGCUUGUUUCGAGGAGUUGGUCCGCGGUUUGUAUGGACGAGCGUCCAGAGCGGAACGAUGCUUGUUAUGUAUCAAUAUUUGUUGAAGCAGAUGGAGAGUUCUUCUUCCGACGAAUGGUCAGGUGUGAUCUAGGACACUUUGUACGAGCUUUGGGAGUGGACGACCAUUUAUGAAACUGUUCGAAUGUUCAAUGGAACUGACACUUUGGAGGCGUCGACUUGCAGACGGGUACAGCCUAGUGUGGCAUGUUAGUCAGGAUACCCUGGGAUGUAAAAUGCUGCGACAGUUAUGUUUUUGUGACGGAUGGAAUCACAAUUCAUAGAGUGUAUAAUACUGAACAAAGAGAUUCACCUC